CCUUUCAACGCUCCAGCUCUCCCACACAGCCGCGGUGAAACUCCUCAUUUUUUUUUCUUAAGCUUUGCACCACGUAACCAACGAAGGACUGCUGCUUAAUCCCCAGCUCUUGGACCGGUUGUUGUUCAGUGUAUGCCGUUGUCUGAACCGUUCCGUCACUGGCAAGCCUCUCAGUAAAGUCGUGUGCCCUCUGAAGACCUCCGGAUAGUCCCCCCAGGUAGAAAAAUGGAGUCUUCAACAUUUUUGCUGUCCAACCAGACAUCAGAGGACUGCGAACCAGUGGAGAACACUGUUGAAAACAUGCUGUUUGGAGGCUUUUACAUCCUGAUUUUCUUCCUAGCACUGAAUGGUAAUGGUCUAGCUCUCUGGAUCUUCUCUCGCCAGCGUGGCACAUCCUCCCCUGCUAAUGUCUUCCUGCUACAUUUAGCCAUGGCAGACCUGUCAUAUGUGAUCAUCCUGCCCCUGAGAGCCACCUACCACUUCACUGGAGGUCACUGGCCCUUUGGUGAGGUACCUUGCAGAGUAGCUGGCUUUCUGUUUUAUGUUAACAUGUAUGCCAGCCUGUACUUCCUGGCCUGUGUAGCGGGGGACCGGUACCUUGCUGUGGUUCAUGCUGUCAGGUCGCUGAAGAUUCGCCGUGCCCGCUAUGCCCAUAUCAUCAGCUUCUCCCUGUGGGCCCUGGUCACUGUCUCCAUGGCGCCCCUGCUGGUCACCCGUCAGACUGCAGAGGUAGACGGCACGACGGUGUGCCUGCAACUGUACAGAGAGAAGGCCUCAUGGCGUGCACUCAUCUCGCUGGCUGUGGCCUUCAUCCCACCAUUCCUAGCAACCCUAUCCUGUUACCUGCUCAUCAUUCAAAGCCUACGCAAAGGCUCAAGGCUGGAGCCAGCCCUCAAAUUGAGGGCCCUGCGCACCAUAGGCCUGGUAAUGCUCAUCUAUGUGAUCUGUUUCCUGCCAUAUCAUGCCAGCAGAGCCACUUUCAUCCUGGGCUACGGCCACCCUGAUGUCUCCUGCGUGACACAGAGGGGACUGAGCUUAGCCAACCGCCUCACUUCCUCCCUCACGUGUCUGAAUGGUGCCAUGGACCCACUAGUCUACUUGUUUGGAGCGGAGAAGUUUCGUGGCACCAUGAAACGGCUGUUUUGCGGGGAUAAGGCAGGGGUCUCAGGAGCCACCAGUGGAGAGCUGAAGGGAACGCAUGAGAGCUCGCUGAGUGCAAAGUCCGAGUUUUAAGGU